AUGGGUAGCAGAAGUAGAACAGUUAACCUUAACACUAAGGACACCAACAAGGUUGUGAACGGGAUGCCAAGCUACGCUCCUCCAUUGCCUUCUUCUAGUUCCAUGGGCAUAGACGCAACUAAUGUUCAUCAUCCUACCCGCAUUUCUGAAUUUGGAACCCUGGAGCAAUCUCUUGGAUUCCGUGUCGAGGAUAGCAUUAAUCUUAGCAGAAAUCCGGUGUUUAAUCAAAUGAAAUCAAAUAGCCAAGCUCUGGGUGCUGAUAUUCAAUUUGGUGCUUUAAAUAAGUCAAUUGCAACAUCGGAUAUAAACCUCUCUGCAGCUAUUGCUGGGUCUCAGACAUUGGCAUUACAGAAAGACUCUCAAACAACUCUUGCUUCAACAUCUGGUCAUCGUGAGAAUUGGGGAGAGACCAACAUGGCUGAUGCUAGUCCCAGGACUGAUACUUCAACAGAUGACACCGAAGACAAAAAUCAACUGCCUGAAAGGGGUGAAUCCAGUGAUAGAUCUAAAGAUAAAUCAGAUCAAAAGACAUUAAGACGGCUAGCUCAAAAUCGCGAGGCUGCCAGGAAAAGCCGACUGAAGAAAAAGGUAUAUGUGCAACAAUUAGAGAGCAGUAGGCUGAAACUGACCCAACUGGAGCAGGAGCUCCAGCGAGCUCGCCAGCAGGGAAUAUUUAUAUCAAGCACUGGAGAUCAGGCCCAGUCAAUGAGUGGAAAUGGUGCUAUGGCGUUUGAUGUAGAAUAUGCACGAUGGUUAGAAGAGCAUAACCGGCAAACAAAUGAGCUAAGGGCUGCAAUAAAUUCUCAUGCUGGAGAUAUUGAACUUCGAACAAUUGUUGAUAAUUUCAUGGCACAAUUUGACGAUAUCUUCAGGCUGAAAGGUAUUGCAGCAAAAGCUGAUGUUUUCCACAUUCUGUCAGGAAUGUGGAAGACUCCGGCUGAGAGGUGUUUCAUGUGGAUUGGAGGCUUUCGCUCGUCUGAACUCCUCAAGCUUCUUGUGAGUCAGUUGGAGCCUUUAACUGAGCAACAAUUGAUGGGCAUAUACAAUUUGCAGCAUUCAUCCCAGCAGGCUGAAGAUGCUCUUUCCCAAGGGAUGGAUGCAUUGCAGCAAUCACUGUCUGAGACAUUGGCUAAUGGUUCACCCAGCUCAUCAGGCUCCUCGGGAAAUGUGGCAAAUUACAUGGGGCAAAUGGCUAUGGCCAUGGGAAAGCUUGGUACACUUGAGGGUUUUCUUCGCCAGGCUGACAAUCUGAGGCAGCAAACACUACAACAAAUGCUUCGGAUAUUAACGACGAGGCAAUCAGCUCGUGCUCUUCUGGCAAUUAGCGACUAUUUCUCGCGGCUGCGAGCCCUGAGUUCUCUGUGGCUUGCCAGGCCAAGGGAGUGA